AUGUUUGCACGAUACGCUUCUGAUGGAUUUGUUCUAAGGACGCACCGUAUAUUUCAUGCAAAACUAAAAUUACUGAUCGCCGUCGAGCCUGGUAAUUCAGGCAAGACGGGUUCCGCACCUGGAAAAAUGGGUAACUGUGAAAGCUCAAACACGGAUCUGAUCAAGAGAAAUGCUGAAAUCAAUCGCGAUAUUGAGAAGGAACGACGACAAGAUGAAUCCGUUGUGAAGCUGCUUCUUUUAGGCGUUUGUAUCCUGAGAAUAAUUCACGAUCACGGCUAUCCACCAGAUGAAGCACUGCAGAGGAAGAACAUGGUUCAUGCGAAUGCAAUUCAGUCGAUUGGUGCGAUUCUGAAUGGAAUGCACGAAUUGAAAAUACCUCUUGCUGGACCGAGGAAUCAA